GACAAAUAUGACACCGUAGAAGAAUCAUGGUGGUCUAAUGACGAGUAUGAAAAUGGCCAACCAAGUUUGAAUGAAACAUAUAGCGUAGAGCCGCCAAAAUGGAGAAAGCCAAAUAAAGGAAUUGACUACGGUGAUGAUGAUAAAUGGGGUGAUGAAAUUACUGAAACCUGGUGGGAACCCGAAGAAAAAGUAUGUGAAGUGUUUAUGAUAAAAGCGGAAAAUGACGACUCAGAAGAAGAAACUAUCAAAUCAGAGCUGAACAACCACCCAAGUGAUUCCGUCAAAAGAACUUUCACUAGGUACGAAAAGGAGCUAGAGUAUCAAGAUCUGGUUUGGAAUGUGUUGUUAGAAACAUACCCUAGAUACAUCUCAAGAGAAGUAGCUAUAUCUCAAGAUGAAGUAGAUUCAGAAGAUGAAGAAAAAAAUACUAACCCGGAAAUUGCUGAUAAAAAAGGCGAAGAAUUCUGGCACAACCAUGACUAUGAUGAAGAAACCGUACUCACUCAGGAAAGAGAAAUUGGAUGCCAUGAACCAGAGAACGAAAGGGAAGUGUUUAUAGCAGAAGAUGAGGCUGAAAAUAAGGAAAAUGAACCACCAGAACCCAGUACACAGGCCUCUAACGAAGUCAAUAUCCAAACUUGGACCCAAAAUAUGACGCCCAUGCACUUUUGGAAAAUGGGUUCUGAAUAUCGUGGUGCGUUGAACUUUUCCCACCUCAACUGGUCCUAUGGAAAAAUGUUUCAUAUUAUGUUGGGAGCCUAUCAAGAAUUGGCACGAAGGGAAUAUUUGCUGGCAACUGGGAUUGACCUAGGUUGUAUGGAACAACUGGAUAUCGAAGCCGUCAACACCUAUAGAAAUGAUCAACGAUGUGACCGAU